AUGGACGCUGGGCCUAGAAUUGAAGAAGUCUGUGCGGUGUGCCAGGAUCAAAAGCUGCACCCAGUGACCAUCAAUUGCGGCCAUGUUUUUUGCUACAAAUGCAUCAAAUCCCUGAUUCACACUGAACAGGACAGGGGAAUCGUGCACCCCAAGUGCCCGACUUGUCGUCGUGAUGUUAAUGUGGAUGUUCUUUGGGAGAAGCAGCAAUACAACCUCAAGGCUCGUUUGCCAGAUGGCUUCGGCCAAAACAUAAUAAAUGGGCAAGUCAUCAUUCCCGGACCCCAGAAUGUGGUGAACAUCCCAGCCAUCCGAAGAGCUCAGGCGGCUUAUGUGGAAGUUCCCGAUGAAAUACUUGCUGCUGCCAACCAAGCAUUAAGGGCCAACAACAACGCAACCAUCUUCUGGCUCUACGCCGGUAGUAGAGGUGGAUGGUGGCGGUACGACGAAAGAGAUGAAAGGGAGAUAGAGGUGGCUUUCCAAGAAAGAAGGGCUCGUUUGAAUUUGGAUUUUUGUGGGAAGACGUACGUUAUCUCCCUCUCUACUAUGAUGCAAUAUGAGAGGGAGAAUUCAAGGAAAGCGAGGAUGAUCAAAAGAGUGAACAAAACUGAAUUUGAUCAAAUGGACGUGAAAGGAAUCGCCGGACUCUUGAACCCGAAAGUCUGGACAGUCGAAUAA